AAUUAAGAAAAUUUUUAAUUAUAAAUAGAUAAAGUAAGAAAUAUAAAUUUAUAUUUCACGAUUAUGUAUUUUAUAUCUAAAUGUAUCUAUUAAUCUAAAUGUAAGUAAAUAUGCAUGUAUAUUGCAACAUUCAUAAGCAAAAAUAUGAAUUGCAAUAAAAUCGUAAGAUAGCAGCACUAUCGAAUUUAAUGCGAAUGACUUUCUAUAUAACCAUAAAUUUAAUGGUGAAGGUAUAAGUGUAUACAGCGCCGCCUCAGUAAAACUUUGACCGUGAACGAAAACGUUUCGGCACCGAUCAGGUUGAUUUUAGAUCGAGUGACGAGUAGGUGUAAAGAGAUUUUUAUAGGACGCAGCCGCGUACGCGCGUAAAAGUGUGUAUGCAGCGUGAGCCGCGCGAAGAUAGGAAAGGUGUGAAAUAUGUUUCCUCGCAGUCAUUGCGGGAAACUUCGAGCGACCAAAAUGUUAAAGAAAUAAUCGUGUCGCGCAAGUGUCUCUCGCUGGUAGAGAAGACAGACCGUGUGCUUGAAGUUUCUUUCUCUCUCUUUCUCUUUUCAACCCCCUUCCUUCUCUUUCUCUUUGUGUCCUUCCCCCCUCCCGUCGACGCUCCUCUCUGGGUCCGUUCGUCGCACCGGGACGACGUUUACCGUGCGUCACGGGAAACGGCAUUGGGAGGAGACAGAAGGUGACAGCCCUCCCGCGGAAUUUAUGGUGCACACGGGAGAAACGGUGAAGUGCGUAGUGUUAGAGUGAAGUGAGUGUAACGGCACUAAGUGUUAGACCGGUGAAAAAAAUUUUGGGGGUUUCCAUCAUUUCGGCCAAUAUAGGUGGAAAGAGAGAAAAAAUGCCGGGCCUAAUCGCCGUAAGCGAGUUCGUCGAGGAGACGAGGGAGGAUUAUAAUUCACCCACCACGUCUACCUUCGUCUCGCGGAUGCCACAAUGCAGACAGACAAUCACAUCUCUCGAGGAGACGCUGGACUUCGACAGAGAUGGAUUGACGAAGCUGAAGAAAGCGAUCAAAGCCAUUCACAAUUCUGGAAACGCUCACGUCGAUAACGAGGUUUAUCUUGGAAGGGCGUUGGAAAGGCUUGGAGAUGCCGCCUUGAAAGAACAGGAACCGGAUAUCGGUGCUGCCUUUUUGAAAUUUGCGGUCGUCACAAAAGAAUUGAGUGCUCUGAUGAAAACUCUGAUGCAGAACAUUAACAACAUCGUUAUGUUUCCCCUGGACUCGGUGCUGAAAGGGGAUCUACGAGGUGUGAAAGGUGACUUGAAAAGGCCGUUCGAAAAGGCGUGGAAGGAUUACGAGGCUAAAUACGCGAAAAUCGAGAAGGAAAAGAAGCAACACGCAAAAGAGGCUGGCCUCAUUCGAACGGAAGUGACGCCGGCUGAGAUCGCCGACGAGAUGGAGAAAGAGAGAAGAUUGUUUCAAUUGCAAAUGUGCGAGUAUCUUAUAAAAGUGAACGAAAUCAAAACGAAAAAAGGAAUUGAACUGCUGCAGCAUCUAGUCGAAUAUUAUCAUGCACAAACCAAUUACUUUCAAGACGGCCUAAAAACCAUUGAACACUUUGGUUCAUACGUAGCGGAUCUUAGUGUAAAAUUACAAAAGAUCAGACAAACACAAGACGAGGAAAGAAGACGAUUAACAGAACUGAGAAAUCUCCUUAGAAGCUCAGGUUGCGACAAAGAGUUAAACGUAAAUGCGAAUGCAGGAUAUUCGCUUCACCAAUUGCAAGGGGAUAAGCAGCAUGGUGUUACUAGAUCCGGUCAUUUGUUGAAGAAAAGCGAGGGAAAAAUGAGAAGAGUUUGGCAAAAGAGACGGUGUGCUGUUCAAGCUGAAGGUUAUUUGGACAUUUGUCACGCGGAUGAGAAUAAGCCACCAACGAGAGUGAAUUUAUUAACUUGUCAAAUCAAGCUAGUACCGGAUGACAAACGAGGUUUCGAUCUAAUUAGUUACAAUAGAACGUAUCACUUUCAAGCGGAAGACGAAGCUGAUCAACGAGCAUGGAUGUCCGUUUUAGUAAACUGUAAGGAACGUGCUUUGCUUCGAGCAUUCGACGCAAGUGGCAAAGCUGAAGCUGGUACAGGAAAUCCAAGUUUAGUUGAACUUCAACAGGCUGUUAUACGUUGUGUCAUGAGGUUACCUGGAAACGAUCAAUGUUGUGACUGUUCUUCGCAAAAUGAUGCUACAUGGCUCUCUACAAAUUUUGGCAUAAUCGUGUGUAUAGAAUGCAGUGGAAUUCAUCGUGAUUUAGGAGUACAUAUAUCUAGAAUACAGUCUUUGACAUUGGAUAAUGUAGGCACUGCUCAACUACUUCUUGCACGACACAUGACUAAUCAGGCGUUUAACGAAGUAAUGGAAGCUACAUUGCAUCAUAAUCAUAAACCAACACCAACUUCCACAAUGGAAGAAAGAUACGAAUUUAUAAGAGCUAAAUAUGUGGAUAAACGAUACGUGAUGAACACUUGCGCAGAUGAAAGAGAUCUCCUUUCUGAUUUAGAACAUGCAGUUAAUAAUCGUGACUUGCAACAACUUUUACAAGUUUAUGCAGAAAAUGUAGAUUUAGCAGCACCAUUACCUACAUCGGAUCUGGGUGAAACAGCAUUGCAUUUAGCAAUCUUACGUGAGAUGGGAAACAGCUUGCACAUUAUAGAUUUCUUAGUACAGAAUAUGUCGACAGGUGGUAUAGACAGAAGCACUAUCGACGGGGAAACAGCCUUACAUCUUUGCGCGAGACACGAUAGAGCAGAAGCAAUGAAGCUCUUGCUACGAGCAGGUGCUGAUCCAACACAUCGAAAUAAGCAGGAUAAAACUCCGCUUGAUAUUGCACAGGAAAUGGGACAUCACACUUGUAAAGAACUGUUGAGUCAUGCUCUACAAAGACAAAAGACAUUGUUUGACAAUGUUAAUAUCGACUGGAAUCUCUCGCAUGACGAAGGAUCUACCGAUUUUUCCGAUGACGAAACAAUAAUAGAAGAUAGGAAUGGUUGUUUAACACCUGAGAAGAAAUCUCGUAGUAGGCCACCUUCUUAUGUGGGUGGUGGUGGUAGUAGUGGUGGUGCUGGAUCAGGAGAUUCGCCAGUGACUUUACGUAGUCGAAGUAGUACAUGUGACAGUUUACAAAGUGGUUCUUCUCCAAGUUCUUCAACGAAUAGACAACAAAUGCCUCCACCACCGCCACCUCAAUCAAGGAAACCUGUUGCUGUACCUACACCCAUGGCGCCAGAUAUUUCGGUCAAUAUUCACGGAUCAUUGAAGAAGCGUGUAGCACCCCCACCACCACCGGCUGGAAGUACAGGUGGUAUACCUUCUUCUCAUUAUGGUACACUACCUUCGUCCGCGUCCUUAGCAGCGUCAACGCAUAGCCGUACAACGAGCGAACCUAUCUUAGCUGGGCAUUCUUUACAUACUCUACCACAUGCGUUAAAUACAUUAAACAGUCAACAUCAUAAAAGAUCGCCCAGUGGAGAUUCUUCAACGGGACACGGUACGGACAAAGUAAAUAGUUCAACGCUUCAAAGACCAAGGAAUCCUCCUCCUCCAGCUCCAUCUAGUAUCAAUUCCUCAAGAUUGAGUAAUGGACGUAGCAGCGAGUCGUUAAGUUCUAUGUGUUCGGAUCAUGGUUUGGGUAAUCCUAUUCCACCUCCACGUAAGCGAAGGGACCGGGCCAGACUAGAGAGCUACGCAGAGGAGCCUUCAUCUUUGCUCCCAAAUCUGAAUCUGCCAACUUCAUCGACCUUAAGCGGAUUACGACGUUGUCGAGCAUUGUAUGAUUGCGAAGCGGAUAACGAGGAUGAGCUGUCGUUCCGGGAAGGAGAGGUGAUCAUCGUAACAAAUGAACAAACCGAUGAUGACAACUGGAUGGAAGGCGCUCUUGAACGAGCGCCUGAAAGAAGAGGAAUGUUCCCGAUUAGUUUCGUGCACAUGUUGCAAGAUUAACAUUCGGUAAGCCUGAACUCGUUGGCAAGUGUCUCCAGUACUGCCAGCUCCGUGAGCAUCGCUAGUCUCGGCAGGAAAUCUUGGACGAGGAAACCGAAAGAUUGAACACAAAGGAUGAAGUAUUCAGUUCCAUAAUUUUUAAAAAAUCGUGGGUUCCUUCUCUUGGUACUUUUCUCUCUAUCAAUAUUAAUUUUAGGCUUUAAAUUUUACGUGAAGUCUUUAUCAUUUGAAGUGAAAAUAAUAUAUAAUGAAUUUUUAUGAUAUGUUGCACGUGAUAACGGAAAAAAUUAAAUAUUUUAAAUACUUUAAACAUGUUUCUAUACGUAAAUAAAAUACAGAUGUAUAUGCAAUUUGUUAUAAACAAAUAAUGUUGUGCUUCAAUCAAAUAUGGAAACAUGCUUAGAGUAUAAACCUUCUCCAUCAUGCUUUUGUUGAUACAAACUCUUUAUAUUAUUUAAUUUCAUUGUAAUAUUUUGACUCGUGAACAUUUAUUAUUUUUAAUUCUGUUUUAGAAAUUAUACGAAAUUUGAAAUAAUUCAUUUAUAACUUGAAACAAUUCCAGAGAAACAUAUUGAUUUGCUAAAAGAAGAGAUUUUAAUAAUUAUUAUAUGAGAAAAUACUCGUCUAAAAAAUAUUUGCUUAAGUUAGAGAGGAGGAAAUCAUAAAUAUUGAAGACUUCAUUAAAAAAAGAAAUAAUAUCUGACUAAAAAAUCAAUAUGAAAGUUGAAAAAAUACAUACGAAAAGUUAAAGUUUGUCUUUGAGAAUCAUCAUGGAGAAGAGAAGUAGUUACUAUAGCCUGAGCAAAAUAAAUUGGCUAUACAAAGUUACAAAUAGAUAAACUCUCAUCAUGCUAUCAAUUGCAUGCAAUUUAAAAAACAUAACUUAAAAUAUUCUAAUGAUCAUAAUUUUAAAUAUGAUCAUAAUUUUUAAAUAUUUAAAACAUGUAGUAAAACUACAAAAAAAAAAUAAUUUGAAGGAAUUAUUUUAUAAAAUAAAUUUUGUAGUAAAAAUUUAAAGCAUAUAAAAACUUAUACAAAGGAAGUUAUUGUGAUGCAAGUUUAUAUUAUUAAAUAUAGUUAAAAGUAUAUAACAAUUUCUUUCAUUCUUAAUAAUCUCAAAAAAAAAAAAAAAAAAAAAGCUUAAGAAACCAAUUAAUAUUGUUCAGACUAUAGCUUUGAUACUUCAUGUGCUGUACCUAGACGUGCCUAUUCAAGUCGGAUACUCAAACGUAAAGAAAAAUCUUAUACAAAUCUACAAUUUAAAAAUUUCAAUAAAAAUACAUUCAAUGCCAGAAGAACGGGAAUAAGUUAAGCACCAAUUGUUUCGAACAAGAUGAAGAAAUCGAAGACUGGAUCGUUCUGAAGGCCGACGAUAAACAAACAGAAAAUGUGAUAUAAAAUAUAUUUCAGUAUAAAUUAUUAGUAUUAUGAAUCGGAUUCAACAAAAAAAAUUGAAAAACCAUAUGCUAAUAAAAUAAAACCAUCAUAUAUGUUUAUGAUAAUCGAAUAGGGCGUUGCAAUCGAAGCAAAUCUAUUAUAAAUUACAAUAUUCGUUCAUAUUAAAUUUACAACUAACAGAGGAUACUGGUUUAUCUUGUUAGCUGUUGAUUAUCAAUUCUACUACGUAGAACAACACAUAUUCGAUCGAAAUACUAAUCAUAUUUAGUAAAUGUGCACAAUUUCGUGUAUACAGAAAUAAAGAUUUAAAAAAAAAAAGAAAAAAAUAAGUGUAUGUAUGCGUGCGUGAGUGUGUGCAUGUUUGUAUGCAUAUUAUUAUAAGAAAAAACAAGAGAAAGAGUACAGAACUCAAACUCUGUAAUUUGUUGCAUGUCUUUAAGUAUCUGGCGCACACUUCUUUCUGUACUGCCAAUGCUGAGUAUAUUCUAUAUGCAAUUGCGUUCCAGGUGAAUAGAACAAAAAGAAAUUAAUAGAAAAACAUUUUCGUGAUGGUGUGGUAGAUACAGCUAACGGCGUCGAUCGCUGAAAAAGAUAUAACAUAAAAUAUAGGAUAUUAAAAAGGGGGUGUCCUCAUCUCCUAAAAAAAAAGAACGACAUUAAAAUAUUGCAUGACACCGAUAGUAUUAUUAGCGUAUUCGAUUCUUAAAGAUCACGUGGUUACAAGCGUAUGUACAUUUUUGUAAUGCCAUAUUAUAUUUGUUAGUAAAUAUAUAUAUAAAAUUAUAUAUAUAUAUAUAUAUAUUGUGAAAUAGAAUUAUGAAGUUAGAGAUUUAUUAGUCAUUAAGUAUAUAUAGUAUAUAUAUAUAUAUAAUGAGAAGAAAAGAAAGAAUAUAAAAGAAAGAAAAGAAUAAUAGAACAAUACGUGUGCGAUUCAACCGAGAUUUAUGCGCCGAAAGCGAAUUGAAAUUUUUGUUUUUUUAAUAUUGUUAUUUGAAACACAUAACAUAUAUGAAACCAAAGAAAACAUUUUUGUGAGUGAGAGAAUUGUAAACGCCUGCUAGCUCAAUGUAUAUUAAAGGGAACUGUAAUUUUUUUCUUAAGGGAUUGUAAAUUUUUACUGUUCGCUUUAUUUUUUAUAUUGAGCCAUACUAUACUUAUUCUCUCUCUCUCUCUCUCUCUCUCUCUCUUAUAUUUAAAAUGUUUAACCGGAAAACUUUACCAAAUAAAUAUAUUAUAAUUAUAUACGUGUAUUAUGUAAAGAAUAUGCUACUUACGCAUUCUGUACUCAUAUCAUUUAAUCGGUUUGAAUAUAAGAGAUCCACAAAAAAACCGCGAAGAAUGAAACCAAGGAUCGAUAUUGGACUGUGUCCAUUACCUAGUCGAAAUCGGAAUAUUAUUUAUUUCUUUUCUUUUUCUUUCUUCGAUACUAAUAUUUACUUUACAUUGAGUUGAAAUUCGAAGUUAAAUCUAUAUGUGAUUUUUUUGUAUCUUAUGGAAAAUAAUAUUAUUUUUUUUCUUCAAA